GGGACGCGGGGUCCCGCGAGGCUCUUCCAGCGGCCGCCGGGCUCCCCCCGCUGCCCGCCGCGGCCAUGGCCCCCAAGAAGAAGGGCGGCGGCAAGAAGGAAGACGCGGGCAAGGAGCCGCGGCCGGAGGGGAAGGCGGAGCAGCCCCUGGCCGAGCACAGCCGGGACUUCUACCUGCUCCAGAUCCGGGACCUGGAGGAGCGGCUGGCCCGGUACCAGCGGAAAUGGGACGAGCUGCAGGUGAACGAGACCCUCUUCAGGGUGGAGUACGAUCAGAUGGCCAAUGACAACAAAGAGAUCGUGGCCUUUCUCAAGAAGACCCUGAACCAGCGGGUUGAUGAGAUCGCUGAAGUCAAUGACCAGCUGCUCAGCCUGCAGCAGGCCAAAGAAUCCGAGAAGGACGCCUUCGAGGCCCAGCUGGCCCAGGUUCGACACGAGUUUCAGGAGACCAAGGACCAGCUCACUUCGGAGAACAUGCUGCUAAGUGGGAAGCUGGCUGCGCUGGAGGAGUUCAGGAUCCAGAAGGAGGAUCUCAUGGGCAAGUUUGCAGCCCUAGAGGAGCAGCUGAAGAAACAAGAGGAAAAUCACAAGGAGUAUAUCUAUAACCUGGAGAGGAAAGCUGUGCUGGACAAAGACAGGCUGAAGAAGGAGAUGAUGCAGCGUGUUAAUGUGGUGGCAGCCGAGUUCCGCAAGGUCUCCAACAGCCAGAUGGCCGAGACCACCAAGCGCACCAUCCGCGAGAAUGUCGCCAUCAACGUCCAGCUGGCCAAGAUGUCUGAUCGCAGCUAUGACCUCAUCCAGGAGAAUGACAUGCUGAAGGAGGCCCAGGCUGAGAUGCAGAAGCAGCUGGGGAUGCUGGAGCACAAUGAGAAGCAGAUGACCAAGAAAAGCCUCAGCAACCAGAAGAUGAUUUGGAUGCUCACCAAUAAAUGCAAGGAGCAGCAGGUGCUGGUGGAUGAGUACAGGCAGCAGAAGGAGGCCAUGCAGCAGCUGAAGGCAGCCCAUGAGAUGCUGCAGAAGGAGAACCAGGCACUAAGACAAGAGCUGAAGGAGCUGAAGGAGGAGGUGAGGAGGAAGAUGGACGAAGGGCAGAGUCAGGCCAAGCUCCUAAAGGAAGAGCAGAAGCUCAGGAGGAAUGCAGAGAGGAUCCUGAACCAGGCUGUCCAAGCCCUUAAGGACCUGCUGCAGGACAGGCCGUCUGAUGAGGAGGAUGGCGACUUCGACAUAACGUUCCAGCUGCGUCACCAGGAGAUGCUGCGGAGCCUGCUGGGGCUGCUGAGGCGGGCGAGCACGGCUGGGCCCGCGCCUCAGGAGCAGGUCUUUGGGCCCCAGAAAAUGGCCAACAGGGAACAUGGACUGGAGUCCACAGCAGAGAGCCAGCUGCACCCAGCCCCGUGCCUCAAGAUCUCUCCCGUCAUCUCGCACCACUUGCUGGCUCACCAGGGGCAGGGGGUGCCGCUCUUCCACAGCAUGAGCAAGAUGGGUCUGCUGUCCAAGACCACCCGCAUCGGGACCGUCCGCACCUACACCACUGCCGCAGAGCCUCGGGGACCUAAAGAAGGACACUGCAGGCAACAGUGAUUAAAAAAUGACAGGGGACGUGGAGGGCAGGAAGUGCAUAGCAGGGCGAAGAGAACUUCUAACCUCAGGAAUGCACUAUCAGCCAUGCUGGCAAACUAGCUGCACACGCUGUCACUGGAGCUGCCUGAUGUCUGCACCACGUGAUACUGCUCUGCACCGCUAUUGUCUUUUGGCCAAAAGUACUUUACAGUCCACACCCCUGAAACACAGCGGGCUGGACGGUCGUAGCCAACUAGCUUGCUGCAGGCUAUGCAACAGUGUGAGGAGCGGAACUCAUAGCCCAGCAUGCCAGGGAAAAGCCUGAUUGUUCUGAAAACUGCCCUGGGAUUUCUGAUGUCUGUGCAGAGCCCUCAGGACCUUGGUUCCGAACCUUGCCAUCUGUUUUUUCCUAGAGAUGCCAAAAUGGCAAACUGCAUGGAACUCAGUUAAUCUUCUCCAUCUCCCAAGGGUGGUGUGAAAAAUUAGUAAUGGGUUUAGGAGAUUGUGUGUGUGUGUGUGUGCACCGCCGUCUACUGGACAGAACUGGCUAUGGUCAACUGUGUGUCAUAAGCCCUAUACUGGAAAUGGAUAUUCUCCUUUAGCUCAAGUGAUAGGUUCUUGAGCUUGGUCUACUUUUACUGUCUUUCUGCCUGAAUGGCCAUGGAACAACCAGGAAGUCCUAAGAGUUGUUACAUCGUUGGCUCCAUAGAAAAGAAAAAGGAGACUGACCCUGGCAGGAGUGGGCCCUGUAGUUCCAGGGCAGGUAUUUCAGACUUGUUGCUUACAGCCCUGAGUGGUCCCCUCUGGCUAAGAAGAUGAAAGGUGAAGCACAAGGGUCCCUGGAAGGCUACAGUUGUGUACAUUCCUCAGCUGGCUAUUGGAGGUGUUCGGAGUCACUCACCAGCGCUUGCUACACUGAGUCCAUUGAUGUUCAUGAGCCGCCGAGGUUUCAUCAGCACCAGCUCUGCUUCCUCCACAUUGGUGAUGGUCACAUCUGCGCAGCAGCGUCUGUCUGCUUUCCACUGGUCAGCGAUGUUCAACUUCUGGGCCAGCUGAUUGAGCACCGCCAUGCCCACGUUAUGACGGGUUCCUUGCAGCCCAUAAUUCCCUAGCCCUGCCACCUGCAAAGAGGACCAGCAACAGGUGUUACCAGGACUCUCUAUAUAUCAGCAUCCAACCAAACGGAGUCACUAGAGUCAGCCCUUGUGGUGUAGUGAGGAUCAAAUUUGCCCUCCCUGCAGCCGGGCUCCUUUCACCACCCCGGCAAGAAAUUCACCCAGCAAAACCAGCUGCUUCCCUUCAGAAGCAGCAAGACAAUCACCAUGUCCAUUGUUGAUUACUGUAGGGCCAGACUCUGUAGCUACAAGGGCCUGUCCCUCUCUUGUUAAACAGAACUGAGAUGGGCUGAGAUUGAGUAAGAUGCUCAAAUGAGCUUAGCAACCUAGGUGAUCCCUGUCCCCCCACUCAUUCCAGCUGUACCUCCCAUCUCCAGGAAUGAGAAGCCAUAGGGUGACUAAGAGCCGUAUCUGUCCUGCGAUUUCUUAUCCCUACGUGAGCAAAGAGCAUAAUCCAAAGACGGUGAGUUCCAUCUGUGAAAUCACAGUACACUGACAUGGCAUCAUAAGGUCAUUUACAAGGAGAAAUGGGAACAUUUAUUGUAUGACUCUAGUGCCUAGGGGCCCUAGGGAAGGACCAAGAUCCCAUUGUGCUAGGUGCUGUGCAAACAUAAAACAAAAAGUCCCUAUCCCAAAGAGUUCACAAUCUAAGUAUAAAACAAACAGAUGAGGGUCGAGUACAAGAAAACAAUUAGAUGAUAUCAAGUAUUUUUUAGGCAUCAAGGAAAAGGAAAGAUUUAAGGAUGGAUUUGAAUGUGGAUAAUGAGGUAGCUUUGUGGAUGUUUAUGGGGAGUGUCUCCUAAACAUGUGGCACAGCACAGGAGAAAGCGGGAGAUAGGCUGGCACCAUGGGCUGAUCAGAGGUGGGAGUCAACGUCUCCACAGUGAAAGAGAGAGGAUAGGUAGGGUGGGGAUAGGCCAUGAAGGGCCUUGAAAGUGAAGAGAAGCAGCUUAUGUUUGAAGAGAGAGAGAGAACGGGAAGUUUCAAAGAAAGAGGUGACGUAGUCAAAGUGACAGACUAAAAAAAUGAUCUUUGCAGCAGCAUUCUGAACAGUUAUGAGCGGGGCAAGACUGCAUUUGUCAAAGCCAGACAGAAGGAUAUUGCAGUAAUUGAAAUGCAAUGAUGAAAGCCUGGACAACAGUUUUAUGUGUGUGGAUGGAUAGGAAAGGCUAUGUCUGAGAGAUGUUAUGCAGAAAGAAUUGGCAAGACUUAGACAGCCUGGAUGUGAGGACUGAGAGGUCAGAGUCAAAGAUGGCACCAGAGUUAUGGACCUAAGUGACGGUCAGGAUGGUGGUGGUGUCCACAGUGAUCAAGAAAGGAGGUAGCGGGGAGGGCUUGUGGGGAAAGAUUCAGAGCUCUGUUUAGCCGUGUUGAGCUUGAGCUAGAUAUCCACCAGAUGACAGAGUCAGGCUGAGAUUUUAGUUUGGACAGAAGAAGACGGGUCUGGAGUAGAAAAGUAGAUAUGGGAGUCCUCAGCAUAGAGAUGGUAGCUGAAUUUGUGUUCACAGAUGAGAUUACGCAGAGAUGAGAAGCAGACCAAGGACACCCACAGAAAGAGUGAUCGUUGAGGGAGAUCCUCCAAAGGACAUGCUGAAGGAGUAAUUAUAGAUCUAGAGGAGAACCAGGAGAGGAUGGAGUCAGACAAGCCAAGGGAGGAGAAGAUUCCAACAUCCUGGCUGACAAGCAGAUGACAGGUCAAUGAGGUUGUAGUACUGGUUCUGAGCUUUGGCUUUUGACACGGUCUCCCACAGUAUUCUUGCCAGCAAGUUAAAGAAGUAUGGGCUGGAUGAAUGGACUAUAAGGUGGAUAGAAAGUUAGCUAGAUUGUCGGGCUCAAUGGGUAGUGAUCAAUGGCUCCAUGUCUAGUUGGCUGCCGGUAUCAAGUGGAGUGCCCCAAGGAUCAGUCCUGGGGCUGGUUUUGUUCAAUAUCUUCAUAAAUGAUCUGGAAGAUGGUAUGGAUUGCACCCUCAGCAAGUUUGCAGAUGACACUAAACUGGGAAGAGAGGUAGAUACGCUGGAGGGUAGGGAUAGGAUACAGAGGGACCUAGACAAAUUAGAGGAUUGGGCCAAAAGAAAUCUGAUGAGGUUCAACAAGGACAAGUGCGGAGUCCUGCACUUAGGACGGAAGAAUCCCAUGCACCGCUACAGACUAGGGACCGAAUGGCUCGGCAGCAGUUCUGCAGAAAAGGACCUAGACGUUACAGUGGACGAGAAGGUGGAUAUGAGUCAACAGUGUGCUGUUGUUGCCAAGAAGACCAAUGGCAUUUUGGGCUAUAUAAGUAGGGGCAUUGCCAGCAGAUUGAGGGACGUGAUCGUUCCCCUCUAUUCGACAUUGGUGAGGCCUCAUCUGGAGUACUGUGUCCAGUUUUGGGCCCCACACUUCAAGAAGGAUGUGAAAAAUUGGAAAACGUCCAGUGGAGGGCAACAAAAAUGAUUAGGGGACUGGAACACAUGACUUAUGAGGAGAGGCUGAGGGAACUGGGAUUGUUUAGUCUGCGGAAGAGAAGAAUGAAGGGGGAUUUGAUAGCUGCUUUCAACUACCUGAAAGGGGGUUCCAAAGAGGAUGGACCUUGACUGUUCUCAGCGGUACCAGAUGACAGAACAAGGAGUAAUAGUCUCAAGUUGCAGUGGGGGAGGUCUAGGUUGGAUAUUAGGAAAAACUUUUUCACUAGGAGGGUGGUGAAACACUGGAAUGUGUUACCUAGGGAGGUGGUGGAAUCUCCUUCCUUAGAAGUUUUUAAGGUCAGGCUUGACAAAGCCCUGGCUGGGAUGAUUUAGUUGGGUAUUGGUCCUGCUUUGAGGAGGGGGUUGGACUAGAUGACCUCCUGAGGUCCCUUCUAACCCUGAUAUUCUAUGAUUCUAUGAUUAAAGACUUUGGUGAGAGUAGUUGCAGUGGAGUGCAAGGUACAGAAGCUGGAUCGGAGAGGGUCUGGGAUGGGAUUGGAGGGGAGGAACUCCAGACAGUGAUUGUAAACAGCGCAUUCAAUGCGCUGAGAGAUGAAAGAAGGGGUGGUAGUUGGAGGAACAAGUAUGGUGCACUUCCAUACAAUAUGACAUUGGAUAGUGACACUAUCACAUUUGACUAUGAAACAUUUGCAAAGGUUAAUGCAGUUGUGAAAGGGAGAGGUAUAAAGAUUACCAGGAGAUAUAGAUGGAAGUGUGGGGUAGCAGACCUGAGUCUUGUUUGUUUUCUGUUCAUUAUUAGUUUAUUAGAACACUGGUUGUGAAUCUAUCAUCCAUGGAACGCUUUGUGGUGGGCAGCAAAAUGAAUUAUUUUGGGAACCAAGUAGCGUGUGUGUUGUGGGAUAGCUGGGAGGGAACAUAAAAAUUGACAAAGCAGAUCAGACCUGUGGUCCCUCUUGAUCAGUAUAGUGCUGCUUAUGCAGCUCAUACCCCAUACCUCGUAAUACGACAUCAAGGUCUUUGUAAUAGUGAGCAACUAGAAAAUAACCCCAUCAUGGGGGAAAUCUCUUCUUAACCUGUCAAACAUUGGCUUUGGCCUUGAAUUGUCACUCCCCUUGCAUAUUUUAUCUUAUCCACUGUCACUGUGAAUGUUCUCAUUAGCCACGUAAGCGUCAAAGGGAGGAAGGUUCAAGAGAUGGGAUUGCUCCUAUGAAGCAUGUAGUCUAUAGCAGGGGUAGGCAACCUAUGGCACAUGUGCCAAAGGCAGCACGCGAGCUGAUUUUCAGUGGCACUCACACUGUCCGGGUCCUGACCACUGGUCCGGGGGGCUCUGUAUUUUAAUUUAAUUUUAAAUGAAGCUUCUUAAACAUUUUAAAAACCUUAUUUACUUUACAUACAACAAUAGUUUAGUUAUAUAUUAUAGACUUAUAGAAAGAGACCUUCUAAAAACGUUAAAAUGUAUUACUGGCCCGCGGAACCUUAAAUUAGAGUGAAUGAAUGAAGACUUGGCACACCACUUCUGAAAGGUUGCUGACCCCUGGUCUACAAAGUCACAAAGAGGCUGGGGAACUUAUGACUGGAUUAUGCUAUUUGUUAACUUCUAUUUUGUUCCACUCAAAUACAGUUCUGAAUCAUGGUUUUAAAAUUAAA